GAAGAUGGCGGCCGGGAGGGGGCCGCGCGGAGCUUGAGGGGCCGCGGCUUGGGGCGGGCGGGAGACCGGAGCAGAGAUCCCCAGGACCUCCUGGGCUGGGGAGAGGGAGCUGCCCUCUCACCCGUCCAGCCCAGGGCACAGACACCUUGGCAGGGGCGCCCUCCCGCUCUCGGCUGGGAACGGCUCACGCACCGGGUGCCCGUGUCGCCAUGGCCAGCCGCGCAGGGGAGGGCAGCAAUGCCCGCAUGAGCAUCGCCUCCCAGUUCUUCACCCAGGAGGAGGGCAGCGGCACAGACAGCAUGACAACCUCGGAGAGGGUGGUGGAUCUGUUAAACCAAGCUGCCCUGAUCAGCAACGACUCUAAAAUCAACCUCCUCAAACAGGUCCAGGAGCUAAUUAUAAACAAGGACCCCACGCUGCUGGAUAACUUCCUGGAUGAGAUCAUCGCCUUCCAGGCAGACAAAUCCAUCGAGGUGCGGAAGUUUGUCAUCGGCUUCAUAGAAGAGGCCUGCAAACGGGACAUCGAGCUGCUGCUGAAGCUCAUUGCCAACCUGAAUAUGCUGCUGAAGGAUGAGAACGUCAAUGUGGUGAAGAAGGCCAUCCUCGCCAUGACCCAGCUCUACAAGGUGGCGCUGCAGGCAUCAACCGGCCUAAGGAAAUCAACAAGUCGUAUCGGCGCACGCUGA